AUGCAACAGCUUAUUAAGUUAUCGCAAGAAAUUGGUCAGCAGCAAAUCGAGAAUCGCUACCUCCGCGAAUGUUACAAAGCGCUCAAAAUACUGCAAGAGAGCACAGCAGACAUGAUCAUGGUACUUGACGAGCUUUUCGAGUCGCAGACGCAGGAGUCCAUGACUUCCAUCUAUACGAAAAUCUUCCGGCUACAAGAAAAGACAUGCCAGCUAGUUACGCGCGUGUGCAGAGCCCAAGAAGCAUGCGAGGAACUAUGUCCACUUCAUAUGUCAUGCUCCGCUCACCAACAGCUAGAGCCCAUCGUACGAAUUAUCAUUGAUCAGAGAGCUCUGACUGCUCACGAAGCCGAUUUUGAUUGCGAGUCCCUGCCUUGA